AUGCCGAACCAGGCCAAGUCAAACAAGCCCGCCGCCGGCAAGACCGCGCAGCGCAGCGCCAUCGAGGAUGUCGUCGCACGCGAAUACACCAUCCACCUGCACAAGAGAGUCCACGGCGUGAGCUUCAAGAAGAGGGCACCGCGAGCCAUCAAGGAGAUCAGGUCGUUCGCAACGAAGGCAAUGGGCACCUCCGACGUCCGCCUUGACCCUCAGCUCAACAAGAAGGUGUGGGAGUCCGGUAUCAAGGGUGUGCCAUUCCGUCUGCGCGUGCGGAUAUCGCGCAAGCGUAACGACGAGGAGGGUGCAAAGGAGAAGCUGUACUCCUACGUGCAGGCGGUGAACGUCAAGAACCCCAAGGGUCUGGUGACCGCGGUUGUGGAGGACUCGUAG